GUCUGACAACGUGGGUGCUUGUCACAUAGUCAUUGGCAUUCCUGUCAGGAUUUAAUAGCUUGAAGACCAGGGAGGCAACACUUAAAUAUCAGACUGGGAAGCAGCACCACUCAAGUGGAUCACAGGAGUACUGAGGUAAAUCUUGCUGAAUCCCUCCAGGAAUCAAAGGACCCAAGAUGUUUGGAAGAUCCAAAGUGAUGGAUGGGACAGCCACUGGCCAAGGUCCUGAUGCAGAGAAUUGCAAUGAUAAAGAAGUGGGGAUCAAGAAAAAAUCUAAGGUCCCCGGGGUGAUGAUUACACAGUUUACCGAGACGCUGCCAGAGGGAAAGAGCCAUCCAGACUUCACCCGCAAGCCGAUUGCUUUGACCAUCCAAGAGGGCAAAUUUGCUUUUUUCAAAGCCAUUGUCACUGGAGACCCACAGCCGACUGUAACGUGGAGCAGAAAUAACGGAGAUGUGUCUGAUACGUCAAGAUACCAGACUAAAUAUGAUCCCAAUUCCAAUGAGCAUACAUUUGAGAUGCCAAAUGUUAAGCCAGAUCAAGCUGAUACCUAUAAAUGCUUUGCCACAAAUGAAUAUGGACAAGCCACAGUCACAGUUCUUCUGAAUGUUAUUGAAGUUGGUUUCAAAAAGAACAAAGCCCAGAAACAAGCAGCUGAAGCCCCUGAUGGGAAUUUUAAGACUGUACUAAAAAGGAGAAGUAAGAUCCGUCCGAAAUCUGAGCAAACUGAUAAAAAAGAGGGCGGGAUCGAUCCUAAAUUUUGGGAGCUCUUACUUAGCGCUGACAAGAAAGACUAUGAGAGAAUCUGUGCAGAGUUUGGAGUGACUGACUUUCGCUGGAUGCUCAAGAAACUUAAUGAAAUGAAGAAAGAAAGGGAGGAAGAACAAGCUGAGUUCGUCAAAAACCUGUCUAACCUGAGACCUAUUCAGGUCAAUGCUGAUGGUUCUGCAUCCUUUGAGCUUGACAUGGACCUUAUUGACCCAAGCAGCUCCAUAUACCUGUACAAGGAUGGUGAAAUGGUUCCAUAUACAAAGGAGUUGGGCGAUAAGUUAAAGCACAGCCUUAAACAAGUGGGGAAAAAGUAUAUUUUCAGUAUAAGAGACCUUAUGCCAGACGAUGCUGGACUGUACCAGUUGGAUGUAGAGGAUGUGAAUAUGUUUUCCACUGAUUUUAAAAUCCCCAUGGUGGAUUUCUUGGUGAAAAUUCAGGAAGUGAAGGCAAUCGAGAGAGAAGAUGCUGUUUUUGAGUGUGUCCUGUCAAAUCCCUUCUCCAAGAUUUUGUGGUUUGGCAAGAAUUUGCCGCUGGAACAAGGGGAUAAAUAUGAUAUCCAGGUUUCAGAAGACAAGCUCAUUCACAGGCUGGUGGUCAAAGACUGCAUGGUAGUAGACAAAGGAAUUUAUUCUGCCUGCGCAGGAAUAAAAUCUUGCAAUGCAUGGCUUGUCGUUGAAGCUGAUAAAGAUGCAAAAAAGGGCAAAAAAUCAACAAGGAAAACAACAAGGGCAGGAGGAUCUGGGAUGGAUCUGCAGAAGAUUGCCCAAGAACAACAAGUAAAGCUAGAAAAGGAGAGAGAGGAAAGGAAAGAACAGAUUAAAGCUGCGAAAGAAGCUGUGGCAGCUGCACCUCCUGCACCCACUAAGGCUCCAGCUGUGGUUGAACCUAAGGCACCGAAAGACCCUGAACCAAGAAUGGAAAACGAUCCAGAUCCACCGGUUGUGGAGGUAGUAAGAACUGGCCACUCAGCUGAGGAAGCCGGUGGCAGUGAAAGGCUUGAUCAACCACUUACAGAUGCAGAGGGCGAGGCUGGAAUUACCUGUGGACUCUCUGAUAUUUAUGCUCUUCGUGGAAAGCCGGCUGAAUUAACUGUGAAGAUGAACGUGGACUGCGAGGGCACCUGGUUCAAAGAUGGAGAGCAGUUAAACUCGGGUGUUGGGGUCACCUUAACCAAAGAUGGAACUUCUCACAAGCUGACAAUUCAAAGCUGCAGAGAUGACGACUCUGGAGUUUAUCGUUUUGUAUCAGGGGAUCAAAGUACACAAGGAAAGGUCACUGUUGGAGAUGUACCUGAAUUUGACCCAGACGACCUUCACAAGUUCUCCAAACCUGUGAUCAUAAGAGUGGGCCAGAACGCUGCUUUCAAGAUGCCCUUUCCUCCUCAGGAGGCUUUGGUGGUCAGUUGGUUUAAGGAUGGCACUGAGAUUAAAGACGGAGGAGGAGUUAAGAUUGUGAAGGAACCCAAUCACAGCCGGUUGCUGCUUAGAGACUGCCUGAGGACAGACACAGGGGAAAUAAAGAUCCAACUCAAAAACCCAUUUGGGGCUGUGGAGGCCACAUCUCAGCUUAUUGUGCUUGAUCGGCCAGGUCCACCGGAGGGUCCAGUGGAGACUGUUGAAUUCACCUCAUCUAUAAUUGAGAUUAAAUGGAACCCUCCCAAAGACGACGGUGGCUCCGCUGUCACCAACUAUAUUAUAGAACGACAGCAGGCAGGACAGAGUCUGUGGACAAAACUUGGGGAUGUCUCAGUUGACAAGACCUCCUUCAGAGACAGGAAUGUGACUCAUGGAAAGAAAUACAACUACCGCAUCUACGCAGAAAACCCUGAGGGCCUCAGUGACACCCUGGAGACAGCUAACAGCAUUAUGGCUGGCAUGAUGAUACUCUCCGGUCCACCUGGUACCCCCAAAGUGGUGAGUGCCUCGAAGACUUGUAUCAACUUGACCUGGACCCCUCCAGAGGACGACAGAGGAGUACCGAUCAUUGGUUACCAAGUGGAGAAACGAAAGAAGGACACAAAUCAGUGGAUUGCCCUGAAUGGACUCAAUGAACCUAUUGAAGACGUGAACUAUGCAGUUAAAGAGAUCACAGAGGGAGCAGAGUAUGAGUUCAGGGUUUCAGCAAUCAAUGAGUCAGGAUCAGGAGAUCCAAGCCCUCCCUCUGAAAUGGUGUGUGCAAAGAAUCCCAACAUGAGACCUUGUUUUAAAGAUCCAGAGGACUUCAUUAUUGUCAGAGCAGGAAAUUCUGCACGUGUCAAAAUUUGCUAUGAGGCUGAACCUCCACCUCAGAUCACUUGGCUGAAGGAUGAUGAGCCUAUAUCCCCGUGGAUUAAUAUCAUCAAUACAGAGGGAAUGUCUCAGCUUGUUAUUCCCUCAUCGAAGCGCUCAGAUUCAGCCAUUUAUACUGUCAAAGCCAAAAACUCUGUGGGUGAGGCUUCUUUCGACAUUGAGGUUAGAGUCACGGAUGAACCCAAGACUCCAGGGCCAGUGGAGCUAGAGCAAACAGUCCACGGCAAAGUGGUGAUAUCAUGGGCUCCCUCUCCGGACCAGGAGCUUGAUGACCGCCUGUGCUACAUGGUGUCUCAACACAACUCCGACAACAGAGUGUGGAAGACUGUAGCAGACCGCAUCUUCACCAACACAUACACGGCCAACAACAUCCUUCCUGGGAUAGAAUACCAUUUCCGGAUCUACGCCAAGAAUGAUAUGGGCCUCUCAGAUCCAUCUCAGUCACCUACAUGGGGCGCCAACAGCAAUAGAGUUCCAAUAGCCUCAAAUGGAGUUAAUUCAAUGGAGGUCUGCUUUGAGAGGCCUCCAUCAAUCUUGGUCCCUCUGAAAGUCCACACACCACCUAAAGGUUACCAACUCUACAUGACAUGUGCUGUCCGAGGAUGCCCUACACCCACUGUAUCCUGGUACCUGAACGAUGUCUGCAUCAACUCGGACAACAACUAUUACAUCACCAACUCAUUUGGUGUGUGCUCCAUGUACAUUCUUAGAGUCCGAGCAAAGGACAGCGGUGAUUAUAAAGUUAUUGCAGUCAACUCUCUUGGCAAGGCAGAGUGUUCUACUAAACUUAUUGUUAGAGAUUAAAAUGGAAUGACAGCUUCAUGCAGCUUUCCCUCUUACUUCUAUUUUACUGCAGACUGCAUUGCAAGUGUGUGAUACUGUUCUGUAAAGUGCUGGUAAAACUAUCUAAAAUGGUCUACAUACUAACUUAUUUAAUUUAUUUGAAAUGCGACUGAUUUACAAUUGUUUCCCUGUCAUCACAAAUAAUAACUAUUUAGCACGAGUGAAGUGACAAAUUAUAGUACAAAGACAUCUGUCAAAUUUUCAAGCUCUUGUAACAACUGCAAUAAAUCAACAAACUGA